AGCUCGGGGCACCAGAUAAAAGCUGGGCUGGCAGCUCUUGCCCUGCCUUGAUGGAGCCGAGACCAUCGAGUGGCAGGAGGAGGGAGUUAGGAACAGGCUUAGAUAAGAGGAGCUCGCUCCCGGUAGGAGGAAGAAGCAGCUGAGGUGGGAAUGGCACUUGUCUGGCUGCCCGACUGGACCCCACAGAAGGCGGCUGCCAUGGGGCACAGAGUAUGCAGAGGGGUGAGAAAGGGAGGGCGAUUAAAUGUCUUGUGACCAUGGUGGAGUGUGUGGAUGUGCUUAUUGUUUUUUUAUUAUUUUCUUCACCCCCCCUUGUCUAAUCCCGAUGUGUAUCUAUUUCUCUCUCUCUCUCUCCCUUUCUAGGACGCGUGGUGGGGCUGCUCGCUUGGGGGUUCCGCCUGUUGUAAUACGAAAUGGCGACUGCCGUCUCGGGGCGGUUGGUGAUUGUCGCGCCGCGAGGUUGUUGUUCUCCUCCCUCCUCCUCCUCCUCCCUCUGCCCUUCUUCCCUCCCCUCCCCCUUCCUGUCUUUGGCCGUUUCUCCGCAGCGAACCGCGGAGAGCGCACUGAGUCAGGAGGAGGCGGGGGGAGGGUGGGGAGCGGCGGCGGCCGCGCAGCCAAUCAGCUCUGCGGACGGGCCGCGGAGGCGCGCUCCGAUUGGCAGGCGCUGACAUCAUCCUGCAGCAGGGGCAGACGCAGCUGCUGGGCAGGGCUCGGGGAGCUGUCGGGGGUGGCUGGUGCAAAGGGAGAAAACGGGCGCCAUGAUACCAGCCGCGGUGGGUGAGGAGAGGGGGCAGAGGCUUCUCCGGAGAAGCGUUAGGGACGGCGGGGCCGAAAGGACAGCGGGGUUCGGGCGACCGCGCCCGCCCGCCCUCCCCUCGACCGAGCCGGGGUGGUGGUGGCGGCAGCAGCGGCGGCGGGGCUCGGAGGAAGGUCCGCUGCUCGGCGGCGUCUCGGCGGCGGCUGUAACUGCGUCAGUCCAAGAUGGCGCGAGGUGUCCCUGGAGAGGGAAGGGAGCCGCACGUCCGCCGGAGGUCAUGUGACCGCGUUGCAUUCUUGUGUGGGGCUUGGCGGAGGACCAAGCUGGCGGAGGAGGAGGAGGAGGCGGCGGCGUCCGUGGCUCUUCGGCUUGACAGGGAUGUGAGGGGGGCGGGGGAGUCCCUUUCCGUGCGGUCGGGGCAGUUGCCGCGGCGGUUGCCUUCCUCUUUUCACAUACACGCCCCUCCCCCGCCCGCCCGCGUCGAGCGUCGAGCAGCUGUUCAGCGAAGCGUCUUUUCUUCCUCCCUCGAAGGGCGUCGACUGUUUUGACAGGGACCUCCCCUCCCCCCACAGCCGCCGCUUCUGCCAGGGAAAGUUCUCGCUCCCUUUUUUUUUUCCACGCGCGGGGGGGGGGAGGGGGAGCGCGUGACGCCCGCGGCGGCUUAAAGGCGGGGGGGGGGAGGGACGCGAACUGCGAGCCCGUUGCGUUCGCGGGACUGAGAAUGCAGAGAAACUGUUGGACUCUGGAGUAAAACACUUCCCCCUUUUUUUUUUUUGCGAGGGAGGGUGGGCUCGUGUAGCUCGGCUCAGUUUGCAGUUCUGUGGUUCUGUAAAGCAAGGCAGAGGUAGAGUUGGAAGGGGUCCCUUGGGUCCUCUAGUCUGACCCCCUGCAGUUAGGAAUCCUGCCCACGGGUGGGGAUCCACUUUGCUAGCCGGCUUGUGCGACCCGCAUUAAGGCCUCUUUCUUCUUGCCAGCUGGUGGUGGCGCAGAGUGACUCCAUCCUUCAGUGUUUUCCGGAUUUCCAGACACCCACCCACCCUGCCCCAUCCGCGCCUUGCAAGGGAAAAUAUGACACACUUCACGUAGUCCGUGUUGGGGAUGCAAGAAGGAAGUUGGUCAUCGAUGAUAGCAUGGUGGUUUUCUGUGCAGCUGCCUUUCUGUGAAACUAAUGGAUGAAGAUCCUGAUCUCCCUCCCCUUGCAGGGAGAUUUCUGAUCUCCAUUUUAGGUUCCAAGGAUGACGGUGGUGAAGGAGAGGCUAAAUGUAACAGGAUAGACCUUCUUAGCUUUACUCUUUUUGAAGAAAACACAUGACUUGGUGCAACCUAAAGUGACAGGGCACAUUCCUAACCCAUCAGACUGGACAUAUUUGACCAUAUCUGGAUGUGGCCUGACUUUUUUUUAAUGCUGUUAACUAAUCAUUAGCAAGGGCUGGAAAUACCCUUGGAACUUGCGUGCUCUUAAAAAAGGAAGAACCUACAUUCUUCUAGUCCAAAAUAUUAUUAGGUUGUGCUGCAUGUACUUGUUGCUGAACUGCAUUAUUAAUCCUAACUAUCAAUAGGUGGAUCUUGGAUUGUUUUGGUUUUACAGUGGUAACAUUUAAAAACAGACACCUGAACAUUUGGCUUCCCCCACCCCCAGUGUUAGGACUAUUUGGGGAUAUUAAUCUAAAAUAUAUAAGCUAUAGCUGAGGGUGAAGCCCAGUUGCUUACAUAACUUUAUUUUGUUGCUAAAGUUAUCUGCUUUAGUUACAGCUCUGAAGGGAAUUUUUUUUUAAUAGCAUACAACAAUGGGGAAUUCUUAAAAAGUGCUGUUUGCUUUUCCAUGGUAUCGAACAGAAUACAAGUUUUAAAACACUGUAGGAAGUAACGUUUAACAUGGGGUUUUUUUGUAGAUUUUAAAAUUGUCGUAGAUCUAUUUGAAGACUAAUGUUUCAGGAAGAUGCAACCUUGCCAGUGUCAAACCCAGCUUCCCUUCAAGUGUUAGACAAACAGUGGCUUGCAUGACAUUUCCUCCUUACAAAAUUUGCUUCACACUGGGAUGAUUGAGGGGAGAGUGAAAUAAAAGAAGAAACUGGUAAAUUUGGUAACGAACUCUUCUGAGACCAUUCAUACCUAUUGUCAGAAUAGUUCAGGACCAAAUUUACCAGUUUCUUUUAUUUCACCCUUCCCCCAUUUGAUUACUAACCAUUUUAUAACCUUUUGCUUUUAACUUUGUUUGUUACAGGCCCACUGUGCCCCCAAAAAUGUUUGACUUGGAUUGGUCUGUUGUAGGUGGUAUUAUUGGCAGUUUCAACUGUUUAUGAAUCCCAAAGCCGGAUAAUUAGAUAAACCUAUUCUCCUUCAUUGCUAGCUUGGUGACCAAAACUACUUCAGCUUGUUUGUGGACUUGGUGAACACAACAGAAAUACAGUAAUACCUGGCAUGAAAUUUGAUAGUCAUCAUCAGCACAAUCAUGAUCUUGAAAUUUGCCCACUAGUUGAGUGAAGUUAGUUCUUCACUUAGAAUUAAAAGCCAAAAGGAUAGGAUCUGCUCCUUUGAUAGCUGUAAUAAACCACAUGGAAAAUCCCAAUAUACCCAGCUUGGGGAGGAGGAGCCACUGUAUUGAAAAGUGGCAGGUGUUUAACUAAAAGCACCAUAUUUCCAUAAAUACUGUGUUAUGUACCAGGUGCUAAUGAUAGUAUUAUUUAUUUGUAGAGGCAGCAAUUCAAGUACAGCGGAGAAGUACAGCUGAAUAAGAACUGAUUAUUUUAAGUGUUACACGAAGAGUAGAAACCCUUGAGGAAUUUCAGUAAGUCCAAAAAUGAUUAGUAUUUCAGACAGAGAAGUCUUGAACUCUGCCAGGUAUCAAAGGAAUACUCUUAGUUUGUGUGACAGAAUCAUCAGGUACAACCCAAAAACAUCAGCCAAGAACUAAACCAGUUCACUCAAGAUUCUGAUUCUAAGAUACACAACUGCUUUUGUGGAGACUGACAGACACAGCUCAUGUGAACGUUCAGACUGAAAAAACCCAUUUGGUGAAGUGGAACUCUUGAAGUUACAUCCUGACUGAGAAGUGUCUGAUGGGUGGGAGAAACAUCCAGAUUUGGAUAAACUGCAUAAUGGACUUGACUUCAGCCACAGGGUGUUACUACCACCAUUGGUUUAUGUGCUUCAGUCAUCCUGUUUCAUUGCCAUUUAUCUUAGCCCAUAACCAAGGACACCCAGAUCAUCAAGGCAAGAUGUUCAAUUUCCACAAGAUAGGCGAGUAUCUUGGUGAACCUUUAGCCAUUAUGCAAAAAUGCCCAUAUUCAGAAAAAGUAAUAUACCAGUAUAUUUUGAGAGCUGGUAAUUAUAGGUGAAAUAGCAGGGAGAAGUUGAGUUGCUUCUCUGGGCUUCCCCACAAGGUUUUUGGAGAGAAACGGCACAGUGACAAAGUGACUUCCAAAAAGAUAUGGCGAUUUGUUUAUACUCUGAGUGUGAUCUGUGUCCAAGAGCAAUGCAAGGUGGCCUUGGGACAAAUCUCUAGUUCAUGAAAUUUUUAGACAUCUGAUUGGUUUUCUAAUGCUUUGGGGAAAGAGUUACUAAAUUAAGUGCAAGAGAAGUGCUUCACAAUCCAGCAUGCUGCAGUGCAUCCAAAAUAAUUCAUGUCACAUUUGCAAGUUACUCAUAAGCAUUCACCUCCACAGGCAGUACUUCAAAGGUAUUGCAAGAUGCUCUUCCAAAUAGUUGUGUCUGUCCUCCUUGCAAUCUGAUUUGGAUAAUCAGAAAAGCGGAAGCUAUAGUUUGGGAAACACCUUUCUGAAGUUGGUGUUCCAACAAUAAGGGCCAGCAGUGUGCCCCUGAGUGGGCACAAUUCCUUCCAUGCCAUGAAUGGCACAUAGCGUGUAAUUAAUGCAAAUGAGUUCUUUCCAUGCAGUGAACCCAGUUCCAGAACCCAGGACAACUUACUGAAUUUUCUCUAGUGAAGGACAUUGUGAAUUUCCAAAAACAAGAUGUACUGCCUAUUUUGUCAAAACUGCUAUAAGUUUGCUCAACUUUUCUGUGUGUGGGUGAAUGUAACAGGAAAUUUGGUGGUGGUGAGUAACAUAGUUUGCAGUAAAAAGACUGUAAUAGAAUAGUAAAAUUGUUACUCGAACCACAAAAAUUGUUCAUACUUCACCUUGCUGUUCACUGUGAACCCUUGAAAUAAAGCCAGUAUAAAUUUCUUUGUUUCCAAGUAAAGGCAGUCAAGUGAAAUUGGCAUUUGAGCCAAACACUUAGAACGGUGGGUGGGGAACGUGUGGCUCUCCAUAUGUUGUUGGACUCCCAAAACCAUAAUCUCCAGCCAAUGAUGGGAGUUGUUACUUUCUGGAGGGCUACAGGUUAGCUACCCUUGAGUUAGAGUUAAACUCUAGAAUGUCACAGUUUAUAUAGAAAGUAUAUAAAAAAACCCCUAGGUAUUCAAAUUCUGUCUUCUGACUAUUUUGAAUGAAAGAAGGUUCAAGCUGGUUUUCUCUCUUCAGAUACGCCUUCCUUAAAAGAUGUGGGUAUAUUUAGCUGAAUUGAGAAACCACCUGGUGGCUUCCUCUCAGCACAGUUCACUUGGGCUGCCUGUAUGUUUACCACAGCUUCCAAAAAAGUGCAUUUGAUUUGGACAAGACAUUUUUGUAUUUGUACUGAACUGUGUUUGGAAGGAAUAUACUGAAAACAAAUAUGGCCAGGCAAGCAAAUGUAGUGAAGUACUGACCUUAGAACAUAGAAUAUGGUUUUGGAAUAGAAAUAGACCACAUCUUCCUACUGAAAAAAUGCAGAUAUUGUGGCAGCAGAUUGGGUGUUGUGUUGGAGAAUUUUCAGGAAAAUCUAUUCCGCAGAUGUGAAUAUCCUGUGCACACUGUGAUCCUUAUAAGAUGGACAAGUUUCUUUAGGAAGGCUUCGGAGAGGCUCUUCAUGUGCAUUUACCUACAGAGGUUAGGUGGGUGACUAUGAAAUUGAUUUCUCAGUAGCCCUGUCCUAGUUUUGGAAUGCCCUCCCCAGGGUAAUUUGUCUGGCACAUACUUGUAAGAUGUUUACAUACCAGUUGAAAAUACUUUUGAGGAUUAGCGAUCUCUGCUAACUCUUCCCUGCUGGUUGUGUUCCUGUUGUGAUGUCUUACCAUUUUUUUACUCCCAACUUUUUUUACUGUGUAGAAUCUUUUCCGCAGCUUCAAAAGUGGGGCAUUCCAUGCAGUGCAAGAAGAAGCCCUUGUUCCCUUCUUCAAUCCCAGCUUGGAGCAGAUUAAGAGUGAAGGGUAGCUUUGGCUCUGUUUGGUGGCUACUUGGAGCAUCCAGCAAAUGCAGAGAAGCUUUUGCUUCACCUUCACCCUCAAGCUCAGAGGUGAUGGUGAGAAGAAUAUUAACUUUCCUUUGUAUUUGCCAGGUGCCCUGAAUGCCUGCCUGCCUGCCUCCCUGCUCUCCCCUUUGAGGCAGGUGCAGAGAACUCUCUUUGCCUCCUGCAGCUCCAAGACUGUGAGGAAGCCUUGGAUACAUCACCUUUAAUAGAGGCUGGCUGAGAUUUGCUGCGGUGAGCAAGUUUGAGCCCCCCUGACAGGGAAGACCAUAGAAUGUAAACAAGGCCAAAACAAACAAACAAAAGACGAGAAAAAAAAUGCAAAUUUGGGCAAUGGGAUUCUAAAAGCAGUAUGACCAGGCCUUCUCAUUGUAGUCUGAGGUUUGGUUAGAUGUAGGUUUUUGGUACUGGAUGAUUAUUUAACUUAAGCUUGUCUGGUGUUUAAAAGCAAUUUUCAUGUUGCUACUUCUAUCAUUGUUAUUAAGGCUAUGGGAAAAUGUAAGGCCCACUUGACAACACAAGGGAUGAGCAGACUACUUUGGAAGCAUUUAUAGGUCAUGCUGCUCGCACGUCAGGGUUUUAGGAGCUGCUAAAACAAUGCCAGUAACUAUAGCCUGUUAACUUUAUAAUCUGAGAUACUGUUUUUUACAUCAUUAGAUGUGCACAUAAGUCUGCAACUUUUGGGGAACAAAUAACGGUGCAUCACAUUUCCAUAGUGAGGUUAACAUCCAGAACUGUGACAAACCUGGAUUGCGAGGCAUCCUUGGUGAUGGUGGACAAGAGCAUUGAACAGCUCCCAAGCUGCUUGUUUGAAAAGGAACUCAUACAAGUGCAUGAGGGUGUUCUCAGCAUCUUGCAAAGCCUCUGAACUUCAAUCACUUGUAUCCCAGCUAGUGCAAUCCUGAAUUACUUCAAGAGAAUGAAAUCAAGUAAGACUGCAAUUCUGUACUCUUAACUUGGGAGCAAGUGCCAUUCAGCUUGAUUGGGCUGGGUUGAUACGUAUAAGGUUGCACUGUAAGACAGCUUCUCCGAUUGUAAAGUAAAUUGAAUGGCAAUCUACCAACAAACUAACAUUUCAAACCACAAACAAUAAAUUGUGGUUUAUUCCUAACUGUUUAGUAGAUUGCAGCUGGGAGCAAUUGAUAAAGUUGGGUCAUGCUGGAUGUAUGUAUUUGAAUUAUGGCCUUCAAAACAUUCUGUGGCUCCAGUUCAACUUAUUUUGAGAGGGGGGGAAAUGUAAGCAGUAAUGUUAGGAACUUAGCAUGAGUGCUUACUGCCAGAAUUCCAGUCUUAAACAUGAACACAACUACUGUACUGCUAUCUGUUUAAAGAAUGGAUCUGUCCUCUUGUUAAAAGUACCAAAUACCAAAUUAUUUGGACUUGAGGAUACCUGGCGAUGGUUGUGAUCCAAUACAGCCGCUUUUAAAUAUUUAUAAUGGUAAGGAAAUGCUGUUUAUCAUAGACUAGUGCAGCCACUACAUAAUGCAAGACUGAAACCUUCAAAUUGAACUUGGGAAAAAGUAGGGAUAUCUAUGGCACCAUAUCAUUUGCAUUCACACACUUAAUCUCUUAAGGGCUCGCAGCAAAAGUGAAAGUGUGUGGUGUCUAAAAGACUUAAAGCAGGCUUGGAAAACUUGCCAUCCAGUAACAUAUUGAAGGCUACAACUCUUUCCUGAAAGAGCUCCCAUGACUAAACUGGGAAGGCAUCAGGGAAGUUGAACUUCUUGUUUCUGGAAACCCCUUUUGGAGUAGCAAUCUGAAUACCCUUGUGAGGACAGGAUAGGCCUUGGGGACUAUCUUAGUUCUAGUGAAAGCCAGUUUGGAAUAAUGAUUAGUGUGUCAGACUAGGAACCUGUCAGGCAACAGCAUAGGUCUGGAUGCUCAUGAAGCUCACUGGGUGACCUUGGCCCAGUUAUUGUUCUUACCUGUCUCUCGUGGUGGUUAAGAUAAAAGGGGGGGGGGAGAGCCCCAUAUGUUACCUUGAACCCUCCUUUGUGUGUCCUAGGCUUUCUGUUUCGUUGAAACAAAAAACAUUUUAAAACAAAAGUUAAGGGGGGGGAAAUACAACUUAAUAGUUCAUGUGGUGUAAUGUGUGUGUGUGGGGUGAAUCCACAAGUGGUAGGAACCCAUAAUCUGUAAGCAUUAGAAAUAUAGUCCAGUGUAAUUGUGCAACAUUUUUAUGCAGUGUUUGUUAGGUAAGGAAGUGUUUGCUUAUGCCUUCCUUAUACGAGUUGCCUUAUCCGUUCCGUGAAAGCCCACAGGAAUUGCUCAGCCCCUAGAGUGCUGCUCCUUGCAGCCAUAAAGGUGCUUUAGCUAUUGAUAGAUGGCCCUACUCUAGAGAUCUAGAACAGAGAUGGGGAAACGUUUUAAGCCUAAAGGCUACAUUCCCUUCUGGGCAACUUUCCAAGAGUCACAUUCCACUGUGGUGGGUGGAGCUAGAGGCAAAGGUGCACAGAGCAGCAAAUACAAAUUUUACCUUUGUACGGUAGGCAGGCUAGUUUCCACACCCCUCUCUCCACACCCUUCUCUCCAGGUAAACAAAAGGCAUUAUCAGAGUUCAAGGACCCAUUCCAGCUAGACUGGAAGAAGGCGUGAAUCUGCCAGUGAGAGGUACAGCAUGGGGAAUUUUUAGAGUCAGCUAUUCAGGAAUCGUGUGAGGCACCAGCUGGGGAACCAGCAAAAGAAGAAGGCCCAAGAGCUAGGGGUGUGGUGGUGGGACAAUGAUAAUGAGUGGUCAGAGGGAGCAGACUGGGAGGAGGAGGAGGUGUUGGAAACAAAAUAGGCAACAGGGUUUAGUGAGAAGGAAGAGGCUGCAGCAGAGAGCAGUUCAGAUGCAGAGACUGGAGAGGAGGUUGACCAAGAGACAGCUGAGACACGCUGCUGAAGAAUCCAGGGAGUGUCCCCCUUCUGCAACCAGCUCUCUCCCCCCCCCCCCCAGUCUCCUAGAACACAGGGAGAAAUGAAAAGAGCAGAGCAGAGAUUGGUUGUGUGCAGAUGCAGUUUGAGACUGCUUGGGAAAAACCCUGGAGAGAAGGAGCCUUAGAGCAUGUUGGGAAGGCGGGGACCUUCAGUCCUUGAAACUGCCUCAUUGGAGCAAGACCUAGUGGGAGGAGUUGCUGGGAUCACAAGGCCUGCACUGUUUUGGUUUCUGUGAACGGCGUUUCUGUGCGCUGCUCUGGCUCACCAGAAGCAGCUUAGUCAUGCUGACCACAUGACCUGGAAGCUGUGUGCAGACAAAUGCCGGCUCCCUCGGCCUAUAGAGCGAGAUGAGCGCCACAACCCCAGAGUCGUCCAUGACUGGACCUAACAGUCAGGGGUACCUUUACCUUUAUAUUUAUGGUGGAGGUAAGGUGGAAUGAAACAAAAUUGGAGUUAUACUCCCAAGAACAAUGCGCUUUCAAGGAUAGAUAGUGGAGAAAAGUUGAACUCACUCCUUAACAAUGUUUAAUUUCAGAAUCUAAAAUUACCUAACUGCACCACUAUAUGUUAGAGAUUGCAUGGGGGGGGGGAAUCAGUAGCUGACCUGCUUAUGUGAACCACUGUAAAUAAACAGUGUACUUCUGUUCUGCACCACCUUAAUCAGUGUGCAAAAAUGCAAGAUUUCAACAUUCAUUUUGCUACAUCAACCUAAGUUUGAAUUGCCUGCAGUUGCAGGGUGUGUAUGGUGAAUAGGCCCUGCCAUUACAGUGUGUGAAGAAAACAUGAGCCUCUCCCAUAUCAUCCACUAGUUCCAACUUGUAGAAAUGCCCCCAAGUGCAGAACACUAAAUGACUUGCUAGUUUUGUCCCUACUUGUGUUUUCCUUCUGGACAUUCUUGUGACAAACAUUUACACCUGGUUGGAAGAGUUCUCUUCCAUGUGAGCUUGGCACUGCCUUCUGGAAUACCUGUGCGAUUCCAUCUCGCUUGCUACUUUCAAAGCCCAUCUUUCCCACAAAGCCUUUGAUUCAACAGCCCAGUUCCCCAGCCCUAUUACAGUCAAGCCUAAGCAAAUGGAACUAACAAUUGCGUGUUCGUUCUGCUCUUGCCCUGCCUCUACGUCCUUCUUCUCCUCUGCUUCCUCCCAAAAAAAGAUUAAAUUUGAGAUUGCAAGGGCCUUGGGCAGGAACAUUUCCCCUUUUAUGUGUUAAAGCACCAUGAAUACUGAUGGAACGAUAUAUUGGUGUACAGGCAACCCCCAAUUUGUGUGGAGGUUGCAUUCUUGCCCCCCUCCAAGGGCAGGAGAGAGGGAAAUGACUUUCUCCCCUUGUCCAUUCUCCUUUCAUGCUGCUCCCACCACCAUGGCGGCUGCUCUAGGAAGCAUGUGUAUGGUUGUCCUAGAAUAUAUUUGGUAAUAUUUUUGUAACUAGCUAUAUUUAUGUCUUCGCUUUAUUUCCAUCCAUAAUUGGCAAUUGGGAGCAUGGACAUGUAUCCUAUUUAAAUGUGUGUGUUUUUUACUUCUCCCUUCUGUGAAGGUGGUGGUACUACCAGGAGGACUAAGAAGACUUGAGUUGUUUAGGGCUUUGCACAAAAAGAUGAGCACCUUGAAUUGGGUCUGGGAACAAACAGGAAGCCCCUGUAUCUGCUUUAGAACCGGAGUUUCAUUACAGAUAUUGGGGGCAGUGGUGGUGUGUUUGAGACUCCUUUGUUGGCUUUGCUGAAACCGAUACUGGGUUCAUAGAGAUGGAAAUCUUGUUUGGCAUAGAGGAAUGUUAGCAGCAGGGGUUGAGGAGGGAAUUUCCUUUUGAGAGAUGUUCUCCCCCUCCCGCCAUCAGGAAACAAUUAGGUGGCAGCCUAGUUUCAAGAUUGCUGUGCUUCCUGUUACAUCUUUGGAGCCUUUUCAGUACAUAGGCUGAGUGACGGGCAGCCUCCUGUCACAGCUUCUUACCCUUCUCUAGCUGUGCCACUCACACAACGUCACUGGAGGGGAAACCGGGAUGAAGAAAAUUUGCCAGUGUAGUGUUUGCAGCUGUACAAAAGCAUCUGCCCCCCUUUCCCCCCCCCAAAGGGCUGCAAUUUUCCCCUCACCCAUUAUAAUGGCUGGAGGUAGAAGAAACAUAAGAGGUGCACAUUUCCUUUUCACCUCGAUCAGUGUGGUUGCAAAGCUACACUUGUUUAAUUUCGCCCUGUCCCAUUGAAAGCGCAGAAGGACAUCUCCCUCUUUCAUCUUCUCUAUUACAGCUGUCUUAGCAGAGUUGAAAGUAGAACAAUGUGGAUUUCAUUUCUGGUAAAAGGAGGAUUUCUUCAGCCCUAAGCUACAUUCUAGAUGCCCGUGUAUUAACCAAAGUAGCCUCAGGUUUUGUUGCUCUUUUCAGUGGCAGCUUUUAGAUUUGAAUACCAGGUUCAAAUCUCUCUUCUUCAAGCGCUACUGGUGACCUUGGGCAAAUGGCUGUCAAAACUGUACACACAGCAGUUUAAAUUGGUUUCAUUGCAUCCCAUGUGUGCAUGUUUUUUUGCAUCGUCAACAUGAUGUCCUCAUCCAACUGGCAGCCUUCACCCCUCCCCCAAUUUAAUGUGGAUUUUCCUGCUCUGAACAGUAUGGGGGGGCAUACAGUUGUAUAUGGCUCAACUGUGGGCAUACUGAAGUGAAUUGUGUGGGGUGGGUUCUUGUGUUUUGCUGGGUGCCAUCUAACACUAUAUUGCCUGCUACUUUGGUGAGGGUGCCCCUUCAUGAGUGGGUGGGGGGCAGGUGUGACACUUAUUAUUAUUAUUAAACUAUAUUGUAUAAGUCUGAUAUACCAGAAAACCCAUAUCUCAAAAAAUUAAAAAAAUAUGGCUAUACAUGCAGGUAAAACGGCUGCCUGCAUUGGUACAUAUGUGGUGCAUACAAAGAUGAAACUUGGGCAAGCUCUACUAGGAAGAGUUGUGCAAGGUCCUGUCCAUUAAUCCACCGUCCCCUUUCUCCUGCUGGAGUAAGCUGUAUUCUCCUUUUAUAUGCAACAGAAGGAGAAGAACACGUGAUUCGUUCCGAAAGGCAGGCUUUAAGUUCUUCAGACAUUAGAAGGCUUGAAGAAGCUGUUGUGCUGCUAAAAGAACAAGGCAAGUUAAUGAAUGCAGGCCCAAAGGUCUUUACGUGGUUGACGGCUCUAAAAUGCACCCAGCCAUUCUACAGAAAGUACAAGUUUAAAAGCAAGUGAGAGAAGCAAUAACACAAUAAGAUAGAGAAACGAAGAAAGAAAAAAAAGACCACGGGGAGGUAGAAGUUGAUUUUUCUGUUGCGAAGAUAUUUUUUCCUGUGCAACUAAGCAGGCAAAUACUGUAAACAAAAGCUGAGACUUUUAGCAAGAGCAAACCACAGCUUGUGCUACCGCUGUGCUUGCUGCUGGACAAGGCUGUCGUAAUCUCAAUUUCCUUAUCUUUUGCUUAAAUUUAAUUACCACAAUGAGGUGGGAGUUUUUCUCAACUAUGUCUAGACUUCAAAACACUGGUGUUGGGGAGUUGAUAAGAGUUUUGGCCUUGGACCAGGGAGGAAGGAUUGCAAUCCCUGUCCAGCUUUCAACUCACUGGGUGAGCUCAAGGCAGACUUUAAACUCUUUCUUACCCUCCCAUACUUCUCAGAGCUCUUGAAGGCAGCAAAGGGAGUUCUCUGAACUUGUCAGAGAAACUUUCCAUUUUAAAUUCCAUCUCUUACAGACCCCACCCCCCAUCUUUCUUUAUUGCUGGCUUGCAUAGCCGAAGAACACCGAGACUGAACAUAAAGUGAAACUGGCUUCUCCCAACUUAUGCCUCUCUGUGUUCCACUUCUGGAGGCUGUGGGACAAAGCAGUCCUGCUUGCUCUGGCAUGGUGGCAAAUAGGAAAGAGAGUGGAAUUUACAUGUGUUAGUCUUGCCAAGCCUUGGUUCAUACCUGAACUUAACCCGAACAUCAAGCAAUGACCUGCAUCUGUGAAAGUUCCAGGCAGAGACUUACUCACCUAAAGAUCAACAUACUUAGCCUGCAGCAAGUCAUCAAGUGAUACAUAUGCAUGGGUGAAUAACCCCUUAAUAGUGCAAAUAAGAAUUUUUAUUCACGGACUUUUGAACUGUUCAUCAAUAAAUGAGAAACAGCAAGCACUCCCAUUUUAUUCAGUAAGGUCUGGCUAACACCCCAGAUAUCCUGCAUUUGCCCUCUAGAACAUGGCAGCGGUUUCCUAGCAGACAAGUUAAUGUGAAGAGUUUUGUAAACAGGAAGUUAGAAAAACCACAAAACUUGCCGCCUUACGGGGUGAUAAAUGGUAAGUCGAACUGAAGUUUUGUUUUUCAGCUUUGUUUUCAUGUAUUUUCACAAAUAAAUGGUUUUGGCGAUAGGCUACCAAAGAGCUGAGAGCUGAUGAUAUUCCUCCUAGACAGUAAUGAAAAUCCAGGCACCCUGUCCUCUAGAGCUGCUACGCCUUCAAGUAUUGCCUGCCAGUAUAUAAUAACAGACUUAGAACUGGAAUGAAAGAUGUUAGAAAUACACUCUCCUUCCUGCAAUAAAACUGAAUAAAUGCUGUCUAUGUGUCUGGCUAUUUACUAAGGACUUUGAAACAGCUCACACAAGCUCCCAAGACAUCCUGUUCACAGAAGCAGCUGACAGGAAUGCCUAUUGUUCGGCUUUGCUUUUGUGCCUCUAAUCUGAUUUUUCAAGGGCUAUGUGGAAACUGCAGCUGGAAAGGCAUUUCAGAACUUCCUUGGCACAUCCCUAUGCAAGCAAACAAAUGGGGCCCUCUACUGGUUAAGGGCACCGUCUUGUUAAAAAAGUAAACACAAAGCACAAACUGAACUCGACAGGAACAGCCGUUUGCUCAUCUUUUAAUACAGCCCCACAGCUAUUCAACACAUUGUGGCAUUGCUCAGUGUAGCAGCACUGGCAUAAAAUAAACCAAGUGGAUCACACGAAGUGGCCGAGUUGACAUUUGCAAAAGGUUACCCAUUGUUUCCUGAGCUUUGAGAAAGGGUUGUGCCAUUCCUUCCCUACAGUACCUGUCUUCAUUUGCUCUUCUCCCCUGCUGGCAGGUAUAAAGAGGAAGAAAUAUGUGAUAACGUACCUGUGACCCAAAUAUUGUUGCACUCCCACCACCCCCAGAUUGCACGGCUAACGUUCACAGAUGAGUGGAACUGAAGUCCUUGUUCCCCAACGCUGCAUUUCAGUCUCUGGUUUCUUUUAAAAGCAAGAGUGGGGAAUGGGAGAGCUUUGUAUAGAGAGUUUUAUGCCUUUUUGUGCCUCUAAUAAACAGACAGAGAAGCCCGGCCCCAGGAAAUGCAAAACAAUAUUAAUAGGCCUCUUGCUGCUCAGGAAGUGGAUUCUUACAUAACAAACUACGAACUUGCAGUUUAAGCCACUACAAAGAUUGUUUUAAGAAAUCACUCUGGGUUGAACCAUUUCCCCUCUGGGGAAAAAAGUGCCCAAUCUAUUCUUGUAUUUCUUAUCACAUGCACAAAAUGACCAAGGGAAAAAAGUAGAAACUGAAAAUACAAUUAAUUUUUUUAAAAAAUCA